GCCAUGUAUGACGUGGCUCUCGUCGUCGGCGCCGGCAGUAAUCUCGGCUACCAAGUCCUCAAGAAACUCACAGAAACCUACAAUGGAAAAAUUUACUUCACCACCGAAGAUGAAACCACAGGCUUCAACAUCCUCAAAAACCUGGAAAGACACAACUUAGAUCUGAACUUCAUACAAAUGGACGUCACCUACACGAAGAGCAUCAUCAAGUUGAGGCACUACAUCCAAGAUUUGGACGAAAGAAUAGACCUGAUCAUCAACGCCACAGACUAUGUUCCAGAGAAAAGGAUUUCGCUAUCAGAAAUUGUUAGGAGGACACUGAGUGUCAAUUUUUACGGAUACAUUAAUUUUGGUAAAUUGGUGUACCCGAUACUGAAUGAGAACGCGAGGGUUAUCAAUGUAUCAGGUCCUGCUGGUCUACUGGCUACUAUAGAAAACGAAGAAAUAAGGAGAAGGAUAAGUGACUCUAAUUUGACAGAGGAUGAGCUGGUGGCCAUCUUGCAGGAUUACGAGCAGGCUGCAAGAAGAGGCACGGAGAAGACAGAAGGAUGGGGAAUGAGCGUGCACUGCGUCAGCAAAGUUGCUUUAAAUGCAGUAACCUUCCUACAACACAGAGAAUGGGCUAGUAAAGGUAUAACAAUUAAUUGCGUGAACCCUGGCAAUCUGAACAGCAAAGAAGGAAGGAAAACGGCAAGAGUCUACGAGGAAGGUGCCAAAGCAAUUUUGUAUUUGGCCUUUGAAGCGCCUUUGACGUUAAAAGGUAAUUUUGUUUGGAGCAAUUAUUCUGUGAUUGAGUGGAACUCUGACCCGUUUGUGGAGGUCACGACAGUGUAAAUAAGUAUUAUAUAUUAUAUAUAACGUAUGAGAUAAUAACAUGUUUGACAAACUCCACGGUAGGUACUCGUGUGAUGAACUCAUGACUAAUUUAAGAGUUCCAGAGAUAAACAAAAGUAUACCUAAAAGUGAUGUGGACAAAGUUGAUAAUAUAAUGUGUACAUAAUAAGAGCUAAUUUAGAAAAUAGUGACUGAUAUAUUUAUUGUUGAAGAUGAAUAAUAAAAUGUA